CAUGGCUGAAGGCGUCCGGAGCGGCCCAGCGUGUAGCGGAGUGGGCGGCAGGCAGGACCCGCUCUCCGACAGUGGGGGCUCCAACUUCCCCGAGUACGAACUUCCCGAGCUAAACACCCGCGCGUUCCAUGUGGGCGCUUUCGGGGAACUGUGGCGUGGCCGUUUACGCGGUACAGGGGACAUGUCUCUGAGGGAGCCGCUGGCACCCACGCUGAUCGGGAGCCGAAGGGUCGCCGACUCUGGAAGGGAGGAUGCGGAGGUGGCCCGGGAUCUGGGAUGCAGCCUGGAGGCAGCAGCCGAGCUAAGGGCAGUCUGCGGUCUUGAUAAACUAAGGUGCCUUGAGGAAGGUGAAGAUCCAGAAGUCCUCCCUGAGAAUACUGACCUGGUGACUUUGGGGAUUAGAAAGAAACUUAUGGAGCAUCGGGAAGAAACCAUAACGAUAGAUCGGGUCUGCAGACAGGAAACAUUUGCUUAUGAGAUGGAGUCACAUGCCAUAGGAAAAAGGCCUGAAAAUCCAGCUGACAUGAUUGGAGAGGGAGAGCUUAUCCUAUCUGUAAAUAUCUUGUACCCUGUUAUAUUUCAUAAGCACAAAGAACACAAACCAUACCAGACAAUGUUGGUAUUGGGCAGUCAAAAACUCACAGAGCUGAGGGAUUCAAUUUGCUGUGUUAGUGACCUCCAGAUUGGUGGAGAAUUCAGCAACACUCCUGACCAAGCUCCUGAACACAUCAGCAAGGACCUUUACAAAUCAGCCUUCUUUUAUUUUGAAGGAACAUUUUACAAUGAUAAACGUUACCCUGAAUGCAGAGACUUGAGCAGAACUAUCAUUGAGUGGUCAGAAUCCCAUGAUAGAGGCUAUGGGAAGUUUCAGACUGCUAACAUGGAAGACUUCACCUUCAGUGACUUGUAUAUUAAAUUGGGUUUUCCUUACUUGUACUGUCACCAGGGAGACUGUGAACAUGUUGUCGUUAUUACUGACAUAAGGCUUGUGCAUCAUGACGACUGCUUGGAUAGGACACUUUAUCCCCUUCUUAUCAAGAAGCAUUGGCUAUGGACCAGAAAGUGUUUUGUUUGUAAAAUGUACACAGCCCGGUAAGUGACGGCUAUUUUUCACCUUGAG